AUGACUGAAGGCGACUUCCCGGCUUCCGUUCAAAUCAAUCUCGUUAUCCACCGCGAUGUCGAAGAUAUCAAAAUCGGCUUUCCUUUCGAUACUGUCAACGAUGAAAUCGAUUCAAUUGUUGCAGAAUUAAAGCAGACGCUUGGUUUAUCAGGCGUUGAAGAAGUCAGUGUUAAAAACUCUAUUAGACAACAAAUUAGCGCCGCUCUCAGUAAGUCUCUGACAGAAUUUAAGCGCGAAUUAAAUAUGAAACCUCAAGACGAAGAAUUAUCAGAUGAGCUUGAGCAAGAAAUUUUCGAUGAUCCAGAAUACCAGGCAUUGCUCGAGCGCCAUAAGGCCGAAAUUGCUGCUUUGGAGGAACAACAUCUGAAACAGCAAAGAGAGCUUAUGAAUACAUCAUCGCCUUCAAGUAUACCAAAGGUUGUUGAUGACUUAAUUGUUUUCAGCUAA